GGAAAGAACGCUUAUUGCGAUAAGCACGAAGGAAGACAACCUUCGAAAGAUUGUUGAUAUUAUGUAAUAUUUGUUGUGUCCUCCGCAAACUCAAACUCAGGCCCAAAGGCCCGAAAACGUUGAACUUUUGAACUGGAUACCCAAAUCCUCGGUGUUUCCCGGUAACCUCAUAGAUUAAUAGAUAGGGUCCUCCAUCUCUCGACACGACAAUGGAGCAAUUUUCACACGAUCUUACACUGGCGCUCGAGGAGACUUCGCGCACCAACUCCAACAAGGUUCGCUGGGGUGUCCGGAGGCGUACACGCUCCACGGGCAAUCUACGUAAGUGCACAGGAUGUCGCCGAAACCGUCGGCAAAACGAAACUAGCUCCGAGUUUCUUUUUCCUGCAGCAUGUGCCCCUCAACCGACGGAGGACAGCUCCAGCAGCCCGACGGAUCCACCCCCCAGCAACAAUGUCGUGAUGAACCAGGCCGACUCACCGUGUCUCAGUGGAAGCAAUAAUCUGGUCCAGAGCGACUCGGACGAUCGACAUUCCGUGGCGUUCGCUUUCAAGCUACGCCAGACGCCUCUGUCGGGCAACUUUGAGUCGGAUUCGCUGAACGAAAACUUCAGCCCCGCCAGACCCAACAUGCGCCGCAAGCGAAAGUACAAACGGAUGGCGGUGGAGUACGAAACGACACCGUCCACGCCACAUAUAGGUGGCGCCGGAAGUGCACUGUUUCCGGUGGCCGGAACAGUGAAGAAGCGCGUCUUUAAACACUCGUGCCCGGAUAACUUCAGGAGCGCCAUGCUGUUUUGUGGCAAACGAAAACGCGGCCAGCGCGACCGCUCCGGAAUGGAUUACGAUUUCUGCAAGCAGCAUUCCAGCAGUGUACCACGCCAGCGGGGCGUGGCGGAGUUUUUCGGCCUGAAAGGUCCCUCGUACAGCGAGUAUCGGAGCCGAAAUCGGGCCGCAUCCUUUUCCGCCAGCCUAAUGAAGUGCGAGCGGAUUCUGCCACUGACCAAAACCGUUGUCUCAAAGAUCGAACGAAUAUCGGCCGACCGCGAUCGGGAGCGGUCAACGAUUUUGGGUCAAUCGGUGAUCCCCCCGGGCCCUUCCGUCACUGGGAGUGAGUUUAAUUUCUCGAUUCCUAUGCAGCAGCACAAAUUCCUCGAUACCCCUGGCAAUCCGUCACAAGCGGCGGUGGUGGUAGCAAUGGGCGGUCCGAUUAUUGGACCUCCUUCCGGAGAGCAGGUAGUGGGUGGCCAGCAUCAGAAGCAGCAGGAAGGCCCUCUAGUUCUGCCGUCUCCAUUCGUACCGCUGGUCGUUAGCCAACCGACGACAGUUGCUUCCCUGGUAGCCACAACUGUCCCGUCACUGGUUCCGGAUGAUUCCGUCAACCCGCAGCAGUUGACGGGUGUGUCGAAACCGAUCAGCGUGCCGUUGCUCGGUGCAUUUGGUGUACCAGUAUCGGCCGCAACACCGGUAAUUCCUGUGCAGCAACCGUCAAUCGACCGUACGACGGAGAUUGCGAAGGCAAUCGAUCUUCAACCAGCGUUCGAAGCAAAGCAGCAUCCUUUUCGCACAUCCCAAGGUAUGCUGCAACUAACGGCAAAAUCGAAAGUCUUAACGGCAACAGAACCGAUGGCCGCUACGGGCAGCAGCUAUCCGAAGGAAAAGCAUCGCCACCGGAAAUCAAAGUACAAUCGCAAGAAGCAAAUACUGAUGAUGUCAGGUCCGGAGGGUCACGGUCAGCUGAUGGAUUGCGGUGGCCAAGUGAACGAUUUUCUCAGCUCCAGUUCACUUAGUUCGAGCGAUUCGGAAGCGGUACUGGCAAACGAAACCGACCACGAAGGAGACGACGAAUUGACCGAUUGGCCCGGAAACGAGGCGAUGAUCACGUUCGCCUCGAAGCACGAUUUCCGCAAAGCAUACCAUAGUACGGGCCAGCGGGGGCUCUCUAUCGCGUCUGGACGCCCUUUUUUGCCACAGAUAAGUCAGCAGGACGAUCUUGCCGAUGAUGACACGCUGAUGUCGGCCGAUGAAAUGCUGAGCGCGGCCAACGUACCACCAACUGGCACGUUGAGCGGCGGAGGCCUUGGCGGUCUUGGCGGUCUCGCAGGAGCUACGCUACCGAUCGCGAUCGGAGCAACCGUGCAGGGGGUCGAUCCACACUUUCUAGUCAACAACGUGGGGACCCCAACGCUGGCGAACGAGAUACGCGAGAUCAGAGCCGGCUGCCGAAGGAUUCGCGAAGAGCGACCCGGAUUUUCCAUCAUAUCCAGCGUGAACGAAUUGCUUUCGAGAUUUCUGCAAGAUGAUCAGCAACGCGAGCUAACACUGCACGAUGUUAACGAGGCCGAGCAUGACAAGCUGCAAAACCUGUGCAAACUGUACUCCUUGAACGCCCGACAACUCGCCGACAGCGUGCUGGUGCUGAGCAAGACGAGCAACACGAUGCAAUCGGUGCGCAUUGAUCAGUCCAAUCUACCGAAGCGGCUCGGCGAUUUCAAACGGCGAUGCUACGGGGCUAGCGCCGAACCAUUGCAGUUUCACGACGGCGGAACGAGCUAAGCACACACAGCAGGACACGGAGACAAGCGUGUCCAGUAGACUAUUGCGUCCAUCAGAAGGUUUCGUUUAUUUUGUUAGGUUUUUCCAGAGUUUUUUUAAAUGUCAUUUCCUUUGUUCUGGGAUGCAGCCUGCGUACGUAUUCUUGUCUUUGCGGAAGGUUGCGGUUUGCAUUUUGGGCACCUACACGCUCCACUACAAAACAAAAUUAAAAACGGAGUCAGAAUUAUGUUGUGGUACCAGAUGGAGCGAAGCGAGUUAAAUUAAAUAAUAAGAGUUUUGUGGCUUCUUAUUGCAAGAAACUAAAAUUAUAUAUAGAGGGACAGAGAGAGCGAGACAAAAAGAGUAAGUGUCUUGUGGUAAUAGGUACCGUGUACAGUUUUACCGUUUAGCUAUUACAAUUGUUCUAAGAAUCUUGAACGCUACUUUAAAGAAUCGGCCAUUAUAUUUUUUACAACGCUUCGACGCUGCGACGCUGAGCUGCGCCGCUAACGCUAGUUGUGCUCUGGUCUCGUCAGACACGCUAGUCACCGUAUGCAGUAAUACAAAUGAGCAGGAAUGUAAACGCUUGAAAAAUAAAUAAAUUCAACCAUAACGUAUGAUGAUGGU